UCGACCAUGGGGGUCCCGGCCGGUGCCGACAUGCUGGAUCUAGCGCUGUCAAUGGACCAGGCUGGCCCGCAUCGGGCCGGGUUUGGGCUGGCGUAUCAGGCCCAGGCUGGGGCUUAAAUAACGAGCCUGGUUGUAAAUCCGGCCCAGCUCGGGCUUAGAGCACAGUGAAAGGUCGUGAACAUGGCCCGGCCCGUUAGAGCAUUUCUAAUUCUAAUUGUCGCCCCCAAUCUUUCAUUCUAUCCCUCUCUCUGAUACCUCUUACGGUAGCCACCUGACCGUUCUUUCCCUCCCUCCGUUUAUUUCACACCCCCCCCGCCCUCUCUCUCUCUCUCUCUCUCUCUCUCUCUCUCUCUACUAACGAUCGUUUGCGGGGGACCGUCGGCGAUUAACAGCCCUUGCAGCCGUAAGCAGGAACUAUUUGAUUAAACAUGUUGGAGAUUAUUGAAAACGACAAGAAUGAGAAUCCUCCCAUAGAUGUUGAAAUUGAUUCACCGCCAACAACAGUUAAGAGAAAGCUAAGAUCUUCUGUUUGGAGUAAUUUCACAAAACUUAAGCUAUCAGAUGGUUCAGAAAAGGCACGUUGUAAACAAUGUGAGCGAUUGUUUACAUGUGGAAGUUCGCGUGGAACAAGUCACCUUAAGAGACACAUUAGAAGUUGUCCAAAAAGUAUUCGCGAAGAAAAUCAGUCCUCGGACACUUGGGACUCUUUUGGCACGUUGGAUUGUGGAUUCUCAUACAGACUAAAAUCUUCUGUUUGGAGUAAUUUCACAAAACUUAAGCUACCAGAUGGUUCAGAAAAGGCACGUUGUAAACAAUGUAAACAAUUGUUUACAUGCAGAAGUUCUAAUGGAACAAGUCACCUUAAGAGGCACAUUGGAACUUGUCCAAAAAUUAUUCAUGAAGAAAAUCAUUCCUUCGACACUUGGGACUCUUUUGGCACGUUGAGGGAAAAUGAAGCUGCUCUGAAUAAAACAAUUCAGUUGGAAAAGAAAUUGGACCAGAAACAGGCAUUGGAGUUGGAAAUUGAGCUACUAAAAGGGGAGCUACAAAUAAUGAAGCGUAAGAAAGGUGAUGAUUUGGCUAAGAAGAAGAUGCUAGAAAUGAUGAAAGUCCUGAAAGAGAAAGAAGGAGAAAUGGAGCACCUGGAAACUCUCAAUCAAGCUCUCAUGGUCAAAGAACAUAGUAGCAACAGUGAGCUGCAGGAUGCACGAAAAGAACUAAUUUGUGUUUUUGAAGAGAUGUUCAUUAGCCAUGCAUCAAUUGGGAUCAAAAGAAUGGGGGAACUUGAUGUAAAACCAUUCAAGGCGGCUUGUGCACAGAAGUUUCCAGAAGAUAUAGCUGAAAUUAGAACAAUGGAGUUAUCUUCCCUAUGGGAAGAUUACAUAAAGAAUCCUGCAUGGCAUCCUUACAAGGUGGUCACAAUUGGAGAUAAGCAGCAGGACAUAAUCGAUGAGGAUGAUCUAAAGCUAAAGGAACUAAAGAAUGCUUGGGGCGUUAAAGUUUUCAAGUCUGUAGCAAAAGCUUUGAUGGAGAUGAAUGAAUACAAUCCUAGUGGACGAUAUGUAGUACAAGAGCUAUGGAAUUUCAAAGAGGGAAGGAAGGCGACCUUGAAAGAGGCAAUUAAAUGUAUACCAAAGCAUGAACGCAAGAGCUGCCAAAAUGAAGGCAAGUAGUCCAUAGUCCCAUGUUGCAUUUAGGUAGUCUUAGUAAAUUCUGAGACAAAGGCUAUAAUGAUGAUGUUAUUGGUGAAGAUCUUCGUAAAUUUUGGACUUUGAUGGGUUGUCUAAUUGGUAUGAACUUCUAAGUUGAGAUGCAUGCACUCACAAUAUAUUUUGGGAAUGAAAGCUAAUGGAUUUGAAUUA